UGCGGGGAUCCUAACGGGCGUCUGCUGGAAGCCCUCAUGUACCAGCCACACGCAUGCGCGCACCCCACUUUCCCCCGCGGCUAUUGUGUACUUGCCACAUGCUACGUGAGGGGAAAGGAUGCGUAUGUGGACCUCUAGCUGCCACCGGCAAACAUGGACAAAAGCCACUUAGGAUGGGAGUUGAAGCCCAAUAUCGAGAGCCACCGCUCCUAGCUUACUUCCACCGAUUGCGGGAUCUCCUCAGCCGAACCUACGUGCCAGAGCUAUUGUGGGGCUUAACUAUGGAGAGGGAGAAUAACGGACACCACCUUGAUCUCCUUUGCAACGGUCAACCUGGUCCCUACUGCCCACUAGUGGGCGUUUCAGAAUUCCAUGUGGGCGGUAAGGGGUUCUACGGCACAUGUUACUGCAGCACUGGUGGGCGAGGACCACUGCUGGAAGUGUGGGAAAGAAACAAAAAAUUAUUGGAACAGAAGACCCCUUGGUGGCUAUCGCCAAUUGAUAUCCUGACAAUAAAAAAAACAAACAUCGAAGGAGAAAGAUGGACCUAUGAAGACUUGCUAGUAAAAACAGAGACUGGUUGGAGGAUUAGGCCUUAUGAAGAAAUAAAGAACAAAUUGACAGGAUGGAUCCAAUUUCACCAAAUUAAUUCUAUAUGGACUGAAGAUAAAAAGAAUGGGAUAAGUGAGAAAAAAUCUAGAUUCCAGAUUGAAAUAUUAGAAAAUAAAACAAAACUCCUAUCGAAAAUGUACAGCCUGUUACUUGAAUGGGACACCAAGGAUGAAGAAGUAAAGGAGGUAAUGGUGAGAUGGGCAAUGGACUUCGGACAUAAUAUAGUGUUUGACAAAUGGAAGGCAUUAUGGAACAAAGGUAUGAGAUUCUCGGCAUGCACAAAACUCAGGGAAAAUAUGUAUAAAAUGAUGUACAGGUGGUACGUAACGCCCGUAAAAUUGGAAAAAAUAUAUAAAACUGGUGAUAAAUUAUGUUGGAAGUAUGUUUUGUACCAUAACACCAAUAACCCCCUGACUACUGGCAAUGCUGGCUGA